AUGGAUUUGCAUCCCUCGUCUUCGGGCGGGUCGGCAUUAUGCGCCACGCCCUCACGCGCGGGGCUGAAGGCGGUUGAGGAGCUCAGGCAUGAGGACCUGGCCCCGCUGCGCCGCCCGGAGGAUGCCCUUCGAUCGGUGAUCGCCCGCCUGCAAGCCGCCAACGCCGCGAAGAAAAAGGAGCUGGACUGGCGCGACCACUACGACGCGCUGAACGAGGCGCGGCGGCUCGUGGCGCAUCAUGCGGACCUGGUGAAGGGAUGCAGCCGGGAGUUCUGCCUGGCGGCCCUGCCGGCGCUGGAGAUGCUGCGCAGCUCCACCGUGCGCAACGCGAUGGUGCUGUUCCAGGAGAUGGUGCCUGCGCUGGGCCGGGCGAUGGACAAGGUGGUGGAGGACGUGGCGCCGGUGAUGCUGAAGAAGGCAGGGGAGGCAGCCACCGCAGGGUCAGGUCGGGACACGUUCCUGGUGGCAGAGGCCGAUAAGGCACUAUCCAUAUUGAUGAACACUGUCUCCAAUUCCAGGGCCAUCUCCACCUUGCUCGCCAGUGCCAGCCACAAGUCCAUGGGCAUACGCUGCAAGGUGGCGGGAUGCCUGGAAGAAGUCCUUGACCCCGAUAUUGGCAGGGGUCAGGGACCCAGCCAGGCAAAUCUGGAGCGUGUACUUAAGACAGCGGUGGGUUUCACAGAAGAGGGGGCACAGGACACGCGGUCCUAUGGAAAGCGGAUAAUAUGGCAUGUGCGGCAGUGGGUGGGCAGCUCUGCCGGUUUUGAGAAGCUUUUGGCCAAGGUGGGCUCCGAAACAAAGCAGCGGAAAGCACGAGAGGUGCUGCAGGCAAGGAGCAUGCCUCCCCUACCUCAAAGGGCACAUUCUCGUUCCCAGGGUCACCAGUCCAGCAGCAGCCCUGGCAUCACCCCUACCACUCCAUCUCUCAGCCCUCCCUCCAGGACGUCCUCCGGAGGCACUGGCGUGGACAGCGUCUGCAGCCCUCCCUCAACCCCAGAGCCCAGGCUGAAUGGGAAUCUGAGCCCUGUGUCAAGCCCUCCCAGGAGGCAGAAUUCAGGCGCGUCAGUAUCCAAGGGGAGGCCGCCGUCAGCAGACUCUGUGUCAAGCUACCCAGUGGACUCCACCCCCGUUCAGUCCAUCAGGAGAGACACAGGGCCAAGGCGGGAGCCGACGCCUGUGAGGAGGCAGAACUCAAGUGCAUCGGAAUCGACCCCGAGCUCGCCAGCGGCCGACAGCGUGUCAAGCCACCCCUUGAGCGCAAGCCCUGAGCCUCCCCCCAGAAGGGCAGUGGAGCGCAAGCGUGUGCCACCAAAGCCUGUGAGGAGACAGAACUCAGGUGCAUCAGAUGUGAGCUCCAGGAUGGGCAGUGCCCGUGGCUACGCUUCAAGCGCGAGCUCUGAGCAGGCUUCCAGGAGGGGUGCAGAGCGGAGACGGGCGCCGACACCUAUUAGGAGGCAGAACUCGUUUGGUUCAGAUCCUGGAACGAUGCCCAGGACGCCAAAGAGGGCCAGCAGGCCCGGCUAUGCAGGAAGUUUGAGCCCCAAGGGACGCAUGCCAGCCCCUGUCAGGAGACAGGGUUCGGCAGGCCAGGUGCCGAAGCCGAGGCCGCCAACUGUGAUCCCCCGAGAGCCACAGCGGCAGAGGAGCCGCACACCCCCUGUGCGGCCUGGCAGGUGGCAGCAGGAUGAGGGUGCUGCGAAUGGGGAGGCUGUUGGGCUGGAUGGGGCUUUGGAGCUGAUGGUGUCAAAGGACUGGCGGCAGCGGAUGACGGGGCUGAGGGCUGUCGCGGCCGCCGUGGAGACUGUGCCUGGGGAAUCGGACGCUGUGGUUAUCCCGUUGAUGGACACGAUCACACAGAGGCUGAGCGAUGGGAACUCCAAGGUCAUCGUGGUGGCUCUGGAGACACUGAAGACCCUGUUCAGCUGUGCUGCGGAUGAUGUAUCAUUCCACAUGAACAUUCUUGUCCCUGCACUCUCAAACAGCCUGGGGUCCACAAGUGACAAAAUCCGAGCUUGCACUGAAGAGGUUAUCGAUCAGCUCGUGGAAGUGGUGGAUCACAUUCUGCUCAUUCAGAACUUCAGCCACUGUGCGGCAAAUGGCCACCCCAAGGGAAGGGUUCUGCUGUUGGACAAGCUGCAGGGCAUUGUGACCAACGUCUACCCUCGAAAGCCACAACUAGUAAUCAAGCACACCCUUCCCGUGGCGUUCAAGUUGAUGGCGGAGAGCAAGGCCGACGUGAGGGCGGCCAACCUGAAGCUCCUCGUGGCGCUUGCAGAGUUGAUGGGGGACCAGCUGUUUGCCUACGCGGGCGGCAUGUCGCUUCCCAGCAAGAUGCGAUUGAAGGAGAUGAUAAAGAGCCAUGGCGUUGACCUGGAAUCUGGCUCCCAAGACCUUGGCACCGCUCACUGA